AUGUUCUGUGCUAACGCUGCUUCACUGGGAUCAUCUGUUAGGAACGUGGAGGCGGAUGUGGCUCUGCGCAGCACGGCGGCCGUCUUCACCUACUGCAGGUCCAGAGGUUUGUUUGCUGGCAUUUCUCUGGAGGGGUCCUAUCUGAUCGAGCGGAAGGAGACCAACCGCAAAUUCUACAGACGAGAGAUCCGGGCUUCGGCCAUUCUGAACGGCGACGUGGAUCCUCCCUCCGAGUGCGCUGACCUUUACCACAUCCUGGACGUCUACACCGAGGCGUACUCCACGGACUGGGCCAACAAAAACAAGCCUGUUAGUGUUCUUGAGAAGUUCUCACUGCUUUGCAUCACUGAAGGCUUUAGUCACAUGCACCCGUACGCAUGCUCUUGGGUUCUCCAAGCCUGUAGGUCACAUGUGUCAAGGCCCGGGGGCCAGAUC